AGAGCCACUCUCGGCUCGGGCUGCCAGGCCCCCAUCAGCACCCCAAGUACCGAAGCGUGGUGCGCGAGGGCCCCCUCGCGCAUGUGAGCGGCGCCCCUUGCCGCAGGGGAGGGAUGGCGCGCCCCCGCCCCCGGGCCCACGCGGCGCGCGCGCCGCUCCUGCUGGUGGCGGUAGCCCUCCCGGCGCUCGCCUCCGGCUCGGGCUUCCGGUUCGCCGCGAACCCGGUGCGGCGUGUCGUCCAGAUGCUGCAGAUGUUGCAGCAGAAGGCCGACGAGGAGUUCGCGAAGGAGGAGGGCCUCUUCAGCAAGGCCAUGUGCCAGUGCUCCUCCACGAUCGGGGCCCUCCGGCAGAGCGCCGCGGACGCGACGGAGAAGUUGCCCCAGCUCGACAGCGCCAUCAAGGGCGGCAGGGCCGAGCAGGCCGAGCUCCAGUCGGACAUCGCCCACGCGAGGGCCGAGCGCGCGGACUCGGAGACCACGCUCGGCGAGGCGAGGGAGACCCGCAAGCGGGAGGCUGCCGCGCACGAGAAGGCUGCGGCCACCACCGCGGCCCACGUCAAGAACCUGAACGACGCCGUGGCGUCGCUCAGCAGCGCCGGCACCAGCGCGCUGCUGCAGGACCGCGCCCAGGUGGCCUCGCUGCAGCGCGUGGUGGCCGCGCAGGACAGCAUAGUCAAGGACGACAGGGACGCGGUCAUCGCCUUCCUCCAGGGCGGCGAGCAGUCCGGGGGGAGCUCCCUGGACGAGGUGCUAGGCAUCAUGAGGCAGCUUGCCGAGAGCAUGGCCAAGGACCUCGAGGAUAUGAACCAGGCCGACCAGGAGGCCCAGCAGGCGUUCGAGAACAUCGAGGCUGCCAAGCUGGGGCAGAUCGCAACGACUGACAGCGUCGUCAAGGAAAAGAGCACCCGCCUGGGAGAGCUGAGCCUGUCCAUCGUGAACGACGUGGAGGACCGGGAGGAGACGGCGGCGAUACUGGAGGAGAACGUGAAAAUACUCCAGGAGACGCAGAAGAACUGCGAGCAGAACAAGGCCGAGUGGUCCCUGCGGGUCAACUUCCACAAGGAGGAGAGCGUGGCCAUAGCGGAUGCGAUCCGGCUGCUCAACGAGCAGGCCACGCAGGCGGUGCUGUCCAAGAGCGUCCCGGUGCCCCCGGCGCCGGUGCCCUCGUUCCUGCAGCUGCGCGGGGCGGCGGGCGCCGAGGAGGCGCCCUGCCGCACGCAGGAGCUGCUGGGGCAGGCCGCCAGGGGCGGCGACGCGCGCCUCUCGCUGCUCGCCGUCAGCAGCCGCGUGCGGCUCCGCGCAGGCUCGCGCCUGAGGGCGAGGCAGAUGGGCUUCGAGAAGGUGAUCCAGAUGGUGACGGGCAUGGUCGAGCAGCUGCAGGAGGAGCAGGCCGCCGAGGACAAAAAGAGGGCGUACUGCCAGCGGAGCCUGGAGGAGGCGGACGACGAGCGCCGAGGCCUGGAGAACUUGAUCUCGGACCACCAGAAGGAAACAGACGAGGGCGCCGAGCAGCUGACCGUCCUCGCGGAGGAGGUGGCCGCCCUCCAGAAGGGGCUGGAGGCCCUGGACGCGCAGGUCCAGGAGGCCACCGCGCAGCGGAAGGCCGAGAACGAGGACUACGUCAACGCGCUGUCGGAGCAGGUGGCCGCCAAGGAGGUGCUGAUCAUGGCCAGGAUGCGGCUCGAGCAGUUCUACGGCCAGAGGGCGCAGCUGAUCCAGGCCAACGCCACGGCCGACGCCGGCGCCGCGCAGGCCCGCUCGCCGGGCGCCGCGGAGGGCGGCGCCGAGAGCGCCAGCGACGUCGCCCUGGAGGCGUUCGGGGCCGCGCCGGUGUUCGCGCAGCUGGCCGCGCGGGGCGGGGGCGGCCCAGAGCAGCCGAUAGCGAACGCCUGGACGCUGAAGCUGGGCCCCUUCGCCAACAAGGGCGGCCCGGGGGACGUCCUGGCGCUCAUCGACACGCUGGUGAGGGAGCUGGACGAGGACACCGAGGCGAUGAAGAAGAGGGAGAAGGAGGCGCAGCAGGAGUACGAGAUCGCCCAGGGGCUCGCUUCGGAGAAGCGCGAGACGGACAUCAAGGCCAUCGCCUCCAGGGAGGCCGUCCGGGUAAAGCUCGAGGAGAAGAUGCACCACUGGAAGCUGGGCAUCAAAGCCAAGCAGAAGGAUCUCGGUGACCACACGGAGUACACCGUGGAACUCCACAAGGAGUGUGACGGGCUGCUGAAGGACUUCGAGCUGCUGAGGCGAGUCCGCUCCGACGAGGUGGCCUCCCUCCGCAGCGCCAAGGCCAUCCUCGCGGACGCGGACGCCUCGCUCGUGCAGACGCCCCGCGGCGCGCGCUCCUCGCCGGGCGGCUGAGAGAGCCGCGGGCCUCCGCGCACCCCCCCCGGCGGCCGCACCGCUCCCCCCCGCGGGAGGGGCGCCCCGACGUGCUGGGAAAAGCGGCGCGGGCCCGGCUCUCCCCGGCGGUGUGCUCUUUGUCCUUCCUGUGGUGGGGGCGCUGGUGAAGUCG